AUGGAGAACCAAAGCAACGUUGAUCCUCUGCAUAAUCAUGACAUCCGUAUCACUGCCCCCCAAGGUCCAACUACACCCAAAGUUCGUCGCUCUGAUUUUCCAAAAGAUUUUAUCUUUGGUGCUGCAACAUCAGCUUAUCAGGUCGAAGGUGCCUGGAAUGAAGAUGGUAAAGGCGAGAGUAAUUGGGAUCGUUUCACAGCGGAUAAUCCUGAUAAAAUUCAAGAUAGAAGCCAUGGGCGUUUGGCUAUUAAUCACUACCAUCAGUGGAAGGAAGAUGUUGCUUUGAUAAAGAAAGUGGGUUUCAAUUCUUAUAGAUUUUCAAUUGCUUGGACGAGAAUAUUACCAGGUGGACGAUUAAGCGCUGGCGUAAACAGAGAAGGAAUUAAUUACUAUAAUAAUCUCAUAAACUUGCUCCUAGCUCAAGGAAUUACACCUUGUGCAACUCUUUUUCACUGGGAUGUUCCCCAAUGUUUGGAAGACGAGUAUGGUGGCUUUUUAAGCCCUCGAAUUGUGAAAGAUUUUUCUGAUUUUGCUGAGGUUUGCUUCUGGGAAUUCGGUGAUCGUGUGAAACAUUGGAUCACGUUGAAUGAGCCAUGGAGCUUUUCUGUUUCCGGAUAUGUGUCCGUAGCAGUUGAUAUAUACAAGAAGGACUUUCAGGUGGUUGUUAUUAUCUUAUGCAAGUUUGUAGCACCCGUGGUUACUGGUGAUUACCCACCAGUUAUGAGAAAAUUAAUAAGAGACCGCCUUCCCAAAUUUACACCAGAACAGGUUACUCUGGUGAAGGGAUCCUAUGACUUUUUAGGAAUUAACUAUUACACUACCCAUUAUGCCACAAAUUCAACUAAGACACCUGGCGCAAUACCAAGUUACAAUAACGAUCACGAGGUUCAAACAUCAACUGAACGUAAUGGGACGCCCAUAGGUGAACAGGCUGGUUCUCGUUGGUUGUACAUUGUUCCAGAAGGGCUCUACAAGCUCUUGGUUCAUUUGAAAGAAAGAUACAAUAAUCCCAAUAUUUACAUCACAGAGAAUGAUUUUGAGAAUAAUCAGCUGAAAAGAUUCCCGAAAAGCUCUGCUAUAUGGUGGACGAAUUUCUUGAAUGUGAAAAAGGUCAAGAAGCAGGUCAAGAACAAGAAGCAGGACAAGAAACUCUUCCUUUUGUUCUGA